CAUGGAGAUGGGAGGAUCAGGGCAGAGUUUGUUUGUUGGAUUUAAUCUAAACUCAAAGACAACGAGUGAACCUCCUCGGCACGGUGCGAACACAGAGGGUGUUGUCAGCUUAAACGCCGACAUGAGUUCCGAGUGGGUGGGAAACUGGAGACCGCACCGGCCUCGAGGACCGAUUGCAGCUUUGUACGGCAGUCCCGGUCCUAAGUAUGGACUCCCCAGUUCAAUAGGUUAUUCCCAGCAUGAUGCUACAAAAUACAAGUCCCCAGCAUACAGCUUUGGAGUACCUCACGCCAGAUUCACCGUGGACAGUUCACCAGGUCCAGCCUACCUCAUCCCAUCGCUGCUCACUAGGAAAGGAAAGGAUGGGGCGCCAGCCUAUUCCCUCUACGGUCGACCAAAGGACAACAAUCCAUUCCAGACCCCAGGUCCAGGUACCUACUCCCCAGAGAAGGCUGGGAAAUCAGCCUUCAGUGCAGCUCCUUCAUUUUCCAUCGCUGGGAGGACAAAAGGUUUCAGGACUGACCAGUCACCAGGUCCUGCAGCCUACUUACUGCCUUCUGUACUAGGCUCGAACAUUGUAAGCAAAUCGUCUUCCGCCAAUUUCUCCCUUAGUGGACGAAAUAAAGUUGGCAGUUUCCAUGAGGACUUCCAGAAGAGUAAAAGACACGGAAAAUAUCCUAAGAAAGUGAUAUAUCAAGAAACAGAAGGGAGGAUCUUAAACAAUUACAUCUGCAGUUCCUACUAUCUCUGCCAAUUUUCCAUGCCUGAAAUUGAUAGCAAUGCCUCUCUGACUUUCACACAGGUUGUAGUAAAUCGCAAUGUAGCUCCGGCAUUUUCCUUUGGCAUCAGGCAUUCAGAGUACCUGACACCAGUUAUCGUCAAUACUGUGUAACAAUGCAAGUUCCUCAUUACUUAUAAAAUGUUUUAAGACAAUUGUAUACAAUUUGCUGUAUUCUGAUCUAAGUUCCAUCCCUUUGAAAAAUUUCUGCUCUAGUUGAAGAAGUUACCGCAUCUUUUGUAUUACAUUUCAAACAUUUUGUGGAUACUGUUUAGGUCAUGUAUUCUUUUAAAAGAAACAAAAACAGCUACCAGGUGAUGGAGUCUGUGUUUGUGAUUCCCCCACACUAUGAUGGGAUGUGGGUCUGUUCUGUGACUCUUUCAUACUAUGUUGGGAAGUGGGUUUGUCUGUGAUUCUCCCAUGAGUUUGUAUCUAUGUUUUCCCCAAACAAUGAUGGGAAGCACGUCUGUGUCUACGAUUCACACAUAUUCAUGCUUAUUCGCGCAUUAUUCAUGCUGCUCUGAGUUGCAAAGUACAAUCAGACACUUUCACAGAGGAGUAAAAUAAAUGAUAGAGCAAAUCGUUGAACUAAGUUGGAUAAACAUUUUAUGUGUGUGGACUUUUGACAAAAGACCAAUCUGAAAUAUUAACUCUGGAGAGAAAAACGCUGCUACUGCCUGACCUGCUAAGUACUUCCGGCAUUUACUUUUUUUUAAUUUCAGACUUCCAGUAUCUGUCCCAUAUUUUACUUUUAAUUUGCUAGAUUUUAAAAGUUCCUUGAUACGAGCAAUGCAGAAGUCAGAAUAAAUCCGUUAGAAUUUCUGAUGAAGGGUCCAGGCCCGAAACGUCAGCCUUUCUGCUCCUAUGAUGCUGCUUGGCCUGCUGUGUUCAUCCAGCUUUGCAUCUUUUGUCAUAAAUCCGUCUGAUUCAUUUUAUAGCAUGUGCUGGGGAGGAGUAGCCGUGAACACUCAUUCAAUCAAAUUCACAGACUGGAGGCCAGGCAAAGGACAGAGCAGUCAGUCACAGACCACAUAUAGAGGCCUUUCUAUCAAAGUAGAGCUGUGCUACAAUCUUCAACAUCUGUGAAUUAGCCCAAGAAAUACUAUUAUCCAGCACUGCCCCUAAAUAUGAUAGAAUUUGUGCACUGGUAAACUGCAUUUCCUCAAGUGACAUAAGAUUCUAACUGGCACAUCAACAAGUUACACUGGUCUAAUGUUUCUUACCACGGUUUACUCACUGAAGCAAAACUGAUCAGGAUAUUUGAAACUGAGUUGUAUUCUGCAAUGUGUUGGAUUGCAAAUGAAAGUCAAACCUCUGAAUUAAAGGAAUAGUUUAAUUGCAAUACCGUGAACUGUUGAAUAAACCAUUUAAUAAGA